AUGAAAACACGGGGGAUUCUGUUCUGUCUACUGCCUCUUGUUUUACUAUUUACCUUGCUCUGUGGAUAUUUAUGGUCAUGUAAUUUUCUUUCGAAAACAGGCCUUUCGAAGAAGAUAUUCGUUCUGACAGCCACUUAUCCUCGGUCCGUCCAACGAGCUGAACUUACUCGUCUGUGCAAUACACUGAAGCAUGUACCCAACAUUCACUGGAUAGUUUGUGAAGACAUCUCUGUUGCAUCAACCUCUACCAAGAAUCUUCUCACUCGAUGUGGCAUUCCUUUCACUUACUUGAACAUCGAAACACCUCCAUCUGAACAACCGAGACUAAAUGAACCCUACUGGUUCCGUCCGAAAGGUAUCGCCCAGCGUAACCUUGGCUUGCAAUGGCUCCGCGAAACUUUGGUUCCCGGUCAAAACUCCGGAGUGUUAUACAUAGCGGAUGAUGAUAAUACAUACAGUUUGGAGUUGUUUGAUGAUAUCAGGUCCACCAAACGCGCUUCCACAUGGCCUGUGGGUUUCGCUGGCGAAUUACCUUGGGAGGGUUGUGUGACAUCUCCGACUAAUCGGACACGCAUUGUGGACAUGUGGGUGGCACAUAACCCGCAUCGACCUUUCCCUAUCGAUAUGGCCGGAUUCGCAGUCAAUGUGGACUUAAUCCUUACCAAUCCAUCGGCGCGCUUAGAAUACAAUCGGCCAGUUGGGAUGCAAGAGUCUUUGUUCCUCACCAGCCUCGGCCUAAAACAUUGGGAUGAGAUGGAACCAAAGGCUGACGGUUGCCAAAGGAUCCUUGUCUGGCACACUCGUACCAGCGACCCGGUACUGGCCGAGUGGAGGCGGCUUCAGUCUCAGGGUGUCAUUGCUCCACCAAUCGACGACACCGCUUGAAUCCGAUCCCUACAUCUCAUUGCAAGCGUCAAAUUUGCUCCCUCCAUACGCCACAUCUUCUUGUUACUCUGCGAUAUCCUUAUCCCAAGCACAUAUAGAUUAUGUGGUGUUGCCGCUGCAGCCAAUUGGACCCUACUGAAUCAUCCUGAUACCGUCGCCCUGUUCUUUUAUUCCUGGUACGCACAAAUUGCUCUUUGUGGCAACGUAUUCAUGAGUCUUGUCCGAAUAUGAUGACCUGCACGGCUCGUUUCAUGGAUC